CUGUGAUUACCGAGAAGCUUGCUCUUACUUAUCUCUUGGGUUUCUCAUGAACAAAAGUAAAGUAAGUUUCUUUUUUCAAUUUUAGUUUUUUCUACAAAAAAGUUUGGAUUUUUUCUUUAAAGAAGUUAGGGUUUAUCCGUUUUUUUCUGUGAGUAAUCAAUCUAGCAUGUGGAGGCAUGUUUCCAGUGAAUGGCAAUCACUGAGUGAAGGUUGUGAAGUUGAAAUCUUUUAUAAAAACAAUGGCACUGACGGCGUUUGGUACAAAGCCAUUAUCGAGUCAAAACCGCUAAGUGAAGAACUCUGUGUUCGGUUGUUUAAAGAUUUCUCUUUGACUCCUAGCGAACUAAAAGACAAUGACAAAGAUUUCUCUUUUGACUCCUCUUAGCGAACUUAAAGAUUUCUCUUUUCUAUUGUUUUGGAUACUUUGGGUGUGAAAGAAUAAUGAAAGACUUUAACUUUUUUGUUAGUUCUUGUGGCGGUUAGCUAAAGCGCCUAUGUUUAGUCCUGGAACAACGGUGGAAGUGAGUUCUAAGAUAAAUAACAAAGAAGUCGUUUGGGUUCCUGCAGUGGUUAUUAAAGAGUUUAAGGAAGAUGAUGAGUAUAAGUAUAUUGUCAGGGUUUAUGAUAAGUCCUUCAGCUGCAAGGGUAAUAAGGCUGCAAGACUCAACAAAACCGUUGAUUUGUGUAGUCUUAGGCCUACACCGCCUUCUAUUUCGGUUGAAGAGUAUCAAUUAAAGGAAUACGUAGAGGUGUUUCAUGAUGGUAUGGGAUGGCGUCAAGGACGAGUGAUGAAAAUUCAAGAACGAGUGAUGUUAAGUCAAGGACGAGUGAUGGUAAGUCAAGGACGAGUGAUGGGAAAUCUCUCUCAGAAAUGUUAUAUAGUGCUGUUAGAGGCUACAAAGAAGCAAAUAUCAUUCAAACAGUCAGAUCUUAGGCCUUUGCAGGUGUGGGAAGAUGGUGUUUGGAAGACAAGGGAAUCGUCGUUAACUCAGGGAUCAGGAGAUGAGACCAGUGAUUCUGUGAGGAAUGCAAAUGAAUCUGAUCCACCGGUAACUCCACGUCCGGGCAUAACUACACCACCGUUGAAACAAAUAGAGGCUGAAACUCAAAGAAAGACACUUCCGAGGAAUCAGAAUGCUUCAGUGAACGAUUCAACACGAGAGAAUGAAAAUAGUGAAGAUAUUAAUCGAAAAAGGAAAAGAGAAGAAAGCCUUUGUUCUGAUGCUAGUGUUGAGGACACAACAAUGACUUUGCCAUUUGAAAAGAAGUUGUCAAUUUGGAAGACACUUGAAUCAGUGGAGACAGUCCCACAAAGUCCUCAUUUCAGCCCGUUGGUUGAGACUAGAGAAGAUUGCCGUGAAAUGUCUGCGGUUGGGAUGAUGCUCACCUUUCCUUGUUUACUUGAGGAAGUCAAAUCUCUGCAACACGACAAUUCCAUAAGCUCAUUGAUAAGCCUCAGUAAUAACUUUUGCGAGCUAGAGAAACACGGGUUCAAUGUAAAGGCACCUCAGUCACGGAUCAGUAAGCUGUUGUCUCUUAGAGGUAAGCAAUCAAUGAAAAUGGAUGAACUCAAAGGUGCUGAGAAAGUGACUGCAGAAAAAGAGAGCAUAAAGAUUGAGAACGAACGCAAGAUUCUAGAGCUGCAGAGGCUGAAUGAGGAGGUAGAUAAAGAGAUAGCUCAGAGUAAGUCAUGUGCAGCGAAGAUUGUCCAACAACUUGAAGAUGUGGAACUUCAGUUUCAAACAACUGCAUCGGCUCCAUGGUAAAAAAAAGUUUAGUGACUUCUAAUCUAAUCUCUAUUUUGCACUUAGACAUAAUAUGUAAUUGAAAAGACUUCGUUGCCUUCUCCCCUUUUGAUGAUGAAUGGAUUGUUAUUAGUCUGGUUUUUUUUGUCCCAAGAGGUUUAAAACUUGUGACCGUUAGGAAACACUAAAUUUUGUCCAAAA